GCGUGGAAACAAUGGGUCAAACUGUGGGACGUAUGCCGGACACGUGGGACAGUUUACUGGAGGAAAAAGAUCGCGUGCUGUAUUGGAGCAGGGAAGUCCUGUCGCGGGUAACUGACAACGUUAAUCAAGAAGAAUCGUUUCAAAUGGAUUACAACAACGAGAAGAUCGACAAGAAAGUCGACUUGUGGAUAGAAACGAGCCGAGCACGAGUCGACAAAGUUCGAAGUAAACACCGCAACGUGCCGGAAGAAUGUAAAAUUCGCGUAACGAGAGAAAUCGAGCAAAUAAAGGAGGAGUUGAAGACGAAAAUGAGAAACGAUUACCAACGCGCAUACGCGAACAUAAACAAGCUCACGAAUAAAAUUGACAAACUAGGAAUACAGCAGCGCAAGAUACACGGGAAAAUUCAUGAACUUGAAAGCAUUUGUGAUGCCGACGUGAAAAGAUUCCAAAAGAAAUUCGGCCCUCUAAGGGUAAAAACGUUCAAGAACCUUGAGCUGGGCAAAAGAUUCCUGUUCGAGGAUAAAAGACUCAGACUGAAAUUCGAUAAAAAAGUUUACGACAUCGACCACAAAUACUUAGUUAAAUGUGCCAAGCGUAUUAAUAAAUUAAUAAAGAAUAUUGAAAAUCUUAAGUAAUGACGAUAAUGAAAAUAGACAUGGAAAUGACGAUAUGGAAUGACGAUAAGGAAUAACGAAAAACGCUGAGCGCAAAAGAUAGAUGGCUACUGAUGCCAGCGAUCGAUUCUACCAGAGACGCGCCUGUAUACAGGGUGUACGUUAUAACGGUAUCCACGAUUAUGGUCCCAUUUAAAUGAUCUACCCUGUAUACAAAGCGACGUUUUACGAGAGGUUAGAGAGGAAGAAGGAACAUAAAAGAUGUGAAUAUAAGGCCACGCCGGCCUAUCCUAUUACCAACAUCGUUAGGGUAGGCUCACUCGGAGAUUCUCCGAA